AAACAGUUGAAACAAGUGUUCCCACUUGGAACACCCAAGGAAGCGGCCAUGCCCAAGCCAGCGACGACGACGACGAGCCGCAGCGAGCGACAAGCGCAGGAUCCCGAAGGAUGGCAUCUCUUACCCCAAAUGCACCGUCGUCGACAUGGGGAACAGCCUCAGACGCUAGCAACAAUCGCGCGGUACCACUCUCUUGGACGCACAUGGCGCACACGUUUUACAGCAGACUCGACUCGAGGACGAAGGUGAAAGUCCAAGCAUCGGUUUACUCGACGCUUCUCGAGGUAUUCGAGACUGAGCUGGAUGACGUGCGUCAGCCCUUGCCGUACGAAGACAUUGGGGUACCUCGACUACGAAUGGCAAGGACACAUCGACUCGAUUUGCAAGAUGACACUCGUCCAACGGACAAGAUGGUUUGUGGCACAUGGACACUAGGAAGUGGAUUGUCAUGGACUCGUUCGUUCACGACGCAGGGUUUGUUCUGUUGGAAGAGUUUGCCCGCUCUCAAGAGCCUCCGAACCUGCGCGCGUGGGGCUCCAGACAGAUCCUCGGCGCGUCAUGCUGCGCCGUGGAAUGGCACGCGGUGGAGAAACCCCGAAACCCCCAACAGCGUCAAAUAUCUCACCACUCCCAAUUCCCCCAGAUCAAGAAUUUACACCAUGCGAAUUCAUCGUGAUCGUCGUGGCACCAACACAUCUUGCCACGCACAUGCCGCGGGCGUCGCGCCGGUGAACACCCAUCGAUGAGCUCAUGCAACGGGCAUUACGCCGUCGAACGGGACGACACCGCAUCGUCGAGCCUAUGCAACAGGUUUCACCGUGCAAAGUCGGCUAUAUCGGGUACACGAGGGUGAGAUAUUGUGACCGGUGGUGCAUAAACGCGUCCUGGGCGACAGAAGCUUGAAAUUUGUAUACGUCGCGCGUGGGUGGUUGUACCAGUUCAACAUUUCUCGCGAUGCCACCGAAAAAGCAAGGCGCAGAGGAGAGCGCCGCCGCCCGCUUCGGCCGCGUCCGCAACAACUUGAAGAUGGGUCUUGUCGGUCUGCCCAAUGUGGGCAAAUCGUCCCUGUUUAACCUCCUCACGGCACAGAGUGUUGCCGCCGAGAACUUUCCGUUUUGUACCAUCGACCCGAACGAAGCCCGUUGCGCGGUCCCGGAUGAACGCUACGAAUGGCUGUGCAAGGUGUGGCAGCCGCCGAGCGAGUACCCUGCGUACCUACAAUGCACCGACAUUGCUGGGCUCAUUCGUGGUGCUUCCGAAGGCGCUGGGCUCGGGAAUGCAUUUUUGUCGCACAUUCAAGCCGUCGACGGUAUUUUCCACGUGAUCCGCGCUUUCGAGAGCGAAGAAGUCGUACAUGUCGACGAUACGGUCGACCCGAUUCGUGACUUGGAAACCAUCCAAGGCGAACUGUGCAAGAAGGAUCUCGCGUACGUGUUGGCGCAGCGCAAGUUGCGCGAAGUCGACGUUCGCAAGAACCCCACCAUGAAGCUGCCCCCGCUCUUCUUCACGGUCAUGGACACGGUCCAAGAACUCCUUGAAGCCAACAAAUCGAUCGCAUCCAAGAGCGAUUGGACCGCCCCCGAAGUGGAAAAGAUCAACGAGCUGAUCCCGGGUACGUGCGGCCGCCUCCGUGUGUGUGAUUUCAUGGUUGCAGCUGCCAUCACGACCAAGCCGAUCAUCUACCUCGUCAACUUGACCAAGCGCGACUUUAUCCGCAAGGGCAACAAGUGGCUCGUUCCGAUCAAGCAGUGGGUCGACUCCCAUGGCGGCGGCGUCAUGAUUCCGUUCUCUGUCGAGUUUGAACAAGAAUUGUGGGAAAAGCAAAAGGCCAACAAGGAGUUUGUGCCCGAAGUGCCAUCCGUGCUGCCCCGCAUCAUCAAAGUCGGGUACAAGCAACUCAACUUGAUGUACUACUUCACGGCCGGGGACAAGGAAGUGCGAUGCUGGACCGUGCGGAAAGGUGCCACGGCCCCGCAAGCUGCGGGGGUCAUUCACUCGGACUUUGAACGAGGAUUUAUCAAGGCCGAAGUCGUCUCGUUCGACGAUUUCAAGGAAUUGUCGGAAGGAGACAAGAAGGGCAUGGCCAAGGUCAAGGCCGCGGGCAAGUACCGCCAAGAAGGCAAGACGUAUGUCGUGCAAGAUGGAGAUAUCAUCCACUUCCAGUUCAACGUGACCAACAAGAAAAAGUAACAUGGCGCAGGAGGACGGUAUUGCACAAUAGAGGUAUGUUGUCUGGAGGACGUUUUCGUUGCAAGGUGGCCCAACGAUGGGGAAA